GAGGGAGGCGGUAAGUGAGUGAGUGAGUGAGGGUCUGGCUCAGUGACCCAAGGGCUGAACUCUCCAAACAUCCCGUGCCUUUCACAAUGGAUCCAAAUGAAUCGGGAAAUCUACCGGAUUCGGCCGGUGGCUCUCAUCGAGGCAGCGUGUCCUCCACUGUGGCCAGGAAUCCAGCGAUCCUGGUGUACCUGGCAAACGACACAGUCGUUCAGCUCCUGGUCGAGAACCUGGGCUGUAUCACAGCGGGCGAGCUCAGUAGGAUGGUCCGGGAAUCACUGCAGUUACCCGAUCAGGCCCAGGAGAUCUUCUCCCUCUGGCUCAUCUCCCCCUUUCUGGAGUUGCAGCUGAAGCCUAAGCACCUGCCCUACAAGUUGUGCCGCCAGUGGCCGGACCUGCUCUACCGCUUCACCAACUGCUCUGCUGAUGAUAUCAUUCAGGAUGAACCUUCAUUGCAGUUCCGGAGAAAUGUCUUCUUCCCCAAAGUCAGGGAACUUCAGGUGGAAAACGACAGGAUCCUCAGGCUGCUGUACGAGGAGGCCAAGGCUAACAUCCUGGAGGGCCGUUACCCCUGCGACAUGGAGGACUGCCGGCAGCUGGGAGCCAUCGCCUGUCGAGUCGAGCUGGGCCCGUUUGACCAGGCACAGCAUACACACAACUUCUUCCGGGAUAAGCUUGCCUUGUUCCUGCCCGCACACCUGUGCAAGAAGGCGGGAGGCUUCCUGGCGGCGUUCCGGGGUCGUGGAGGGAAGCAGCACGGACACGAGGAGGAACUCCGGGAAGCUUACCAGCAGUUGACAGACGGAGCGGCCUGUGAGGAGGCCGAGGCAGUGAAACAUCAUCACAAGGAGUAUCUGCAGAGGUGUCACCUACUGCCGUACUAUGGCUGUGCAGUGUUCUCGGGUGAGAUCGAUCGGUUGCCCCAGGGCUUCCUACACCGAGGCUCGAGGAAGCCAGUGAACAUCGGCAUCAGCCUGGGGGGAGUUUCCAUCAUGGACAGUAAAGAGAAGCACGUGCUAGUGGCUCUGGCCUUCCACGAAUUGUCGUGGGACCACACGCGCUCGGAGGACGAAGAUGGGGAGGACAUGCUGUUGCUGGAGUUUGAUGGAGAGGAGGAGGGGGGAGCAAUGGUGAACAAACUGCUAAAGAUCUACUCCAAACAGGCCGAGCUGAUGAGUGGGAUGAUCGAAUAUUGCAUCGACUUCAACAGUGCCUUUGAGCCCCCCGUGGCUGAGCCCGGAGCAGCCAAGCCUCCGCUGGCGAGACCCCGAGAGAAACGUGGCAAACUCAAACGCCAGAACAGUGUGGUGGCUAACCGCAUCCAGCAGCUGUCGACCAUCGACUACGUGGAGGAGGGAAAAGAAAUCAAACGGGUCAAACCCAAGCGAGCAGCAUCAUUCUUCACCCGGCAGCUGUCCCAAGGCCCAACCGCCUACACAGCGGUGGAGGUGACAGAGACCCUGGAGUGUUGAGGGACCACUGGAGAGGGGGAAAAAAAACUGUUCCAGAGAGAGAGACAGCGCUGGGCAACAGACACACGUUUCUCUCAUCGGUAACUGAAGGCAAUCUGCAAGAGAUCGAACUCUUCUUCCCACCAACACGUACGUGCCCACCUGUCUGACUUGCACCCCGACCAUUCUAGACCCAUUUCCCGCCCGAUGUGUUCGUCAAGUUUCCUCGCAUCCAGGAAUUCCGACCUUCCCCAGACCCCAAUCUCAGUGGCUGGCGUAUCCUGAAAACCAUCUUGGGUGUUGAGAAGAGAAAAAGAUCCUUCUGAAUAUACAGUGGAAGCCACUUUAGCUUGCGCCUGUUGAUGCUGGUUAAAUCAGACAAAACACCCGCCCCCCACGUUCAUUUGUAUUCGUCCCGGGGGUCAGUAUGCCUGUUAUUUCAGACACAUGACUGGUUAAGCCGGACAAUACGCCUCUGCUCUCUGGCGCCUUCUGUGGCUCCAAUCAGCUGUGAGCAGCUCUGGGAUGGG